CUAAUGACCUCUCUGACACAGAAAAGCAGCUACAAUGAGUGCAUUGUCCAGGAUAACCUACAUGUCAAGCCUGACUUGCCAGUAACUGCCUGCCAGGGCACCCACAACCCGACCACAGUCCAGCCAGCAGUGAUGUGUUACGUACUUCAGUCUGCCAAGAUCCUGACUGUCUGUCUAAUUGGAGGAAGCCACUACUUGUUAUUAGAUGAAAUUUCUCAUAACUUACACCAGCGUGGGCAUGAGGUCCGCAUGCUCUUGCAACUGGGCAACCCUAUUAUUACAGGUUUUUCCUAUGCAGGCCGUGCUGACAGUUACCAGAGAAGUACCUGGUCCUUAGGAGAGAAAUACAUCAAGGAAUACAAUGGCUGGUUCCUGGAGCAACAAACACAGUUUUUACUGGGAAGGGAUAGCUUUAAUAACUUUCUUAACUUCAUGGGGCACCUGUCCCAUCAGUGUGACAGGCUGUUGGGGGACAAAGAGAUAAUAACUUUCCUCCAGAAUGAACGCUACGAUGUCGCCAUCCUUGAUGCUUUUAACCCCUGUUCCUUCAUCCUGGCACACAAGCUUGGUGUCCGCUACAUAGCUUUCUAUCCUGGCACUCUGAACGGCCCUCUGUCCAUCGCUCUCCCCAGCCCAGUCUCCUACAUCCCAGUCUUCAGCUCCCAGUUGUCCGACCACAUGAACCUCUUGGAUCGUGCAAAGAACCUCUUUUAUUCUUUCCUGGCUCCUGUAGGCCAGGAACUUGUGUGGUCGACAUUUAGGGAAGUAGUUGAGCGCCACCUGGAGUCAUGGUCACCUAAAGGAGCUCUGGAGGAGUUACAUCAAGGAGCUGAACUCUGGGCCUUCAACACUGACUUUUCACUGGAGUUCCCCCAGCCUCUUAUGCCCUACACUGUGCUGGUUGGAGGUCUGCUGAAUAAACCUGCGAGGCCUCUAGAGCAGCAUCUUGACUUGUGGAUCUCCAGUUUUGGAGAUGCAGGUUUCAUUGUCGUGACUCUGGGAUCAAUGGUCUCGUCAGUCUCUGUGGGCCCUCUGCUUGUGGAGCUGGUUGCUGGCUUCUCCAGAAUCCCUCAGGGGGUUCUCUGGAGGUAUGACCCCAAGCAAUGGCCAUCUCACCUGGCCAGACCUCCCAAUCUCAUGCUAGUGGACUGGCUGCCUCUUAAUGACCUGUUGGGCCAUAAAAACAUUCGUCUCUUUAUCACCCAUGGUGGACAAAACAGCCUUCUCCAGGCAGUGUACCAUGCUGUUCCUGUGCUGGGAAUCCCUCUGUUUGGAGACCAGUUUGAUAAUGUAGUGAGAGCUAAAACAAAGGGACUUGGCCUCGCCAUCAACCCCACACAAAUCACCAGGGAAUUGCUCAGCUCGACUAUUCAAACACUCAUACAGGACACCAGGUUCAAGUCUUCAGCUCUGUCUCUUAGCAGGGUCCACAAAUCCCAUCCUGUCCCCCCAGCUCUUCGUCUCAUCCAGUGGGUGGAGCACAUCCUGCACAGUGGCAGUGGAGCUCAUUUAAGGCCGGUUUCACUGACGCAACCAUGGUACCAGAGAUACCUGUUGGACUUGGUGCUUCUUCUCUCUCUGGGACUUCUUGGACCCGUAGUCCUCUGCUGGACUUUCUGUAGGAACAAGAACAGCAGGGACAAACACAAAAAAAACUAAGUAACAGUAAUGCAUGUUUCCUCUGGGACACUCCAGAUUUGUACCUCAGUUCUGUGAUACUUGUUCCUCUCUUGACUUGAAUACUUUACCAAUAAGAGAAUUUUAAAAACAUUAAUUCCCGCUACUCUGAAAUACUGCAGAUGUUCAAUAAAUAAGCCAUGUUUGUUGUAA